AUGCCUUUAAGACUGGACGUUAAAAGAAAGCUGUUGGCACGUUCAGAUCGUGUCAAAUGUGUGGAUUUGCAUCCCAGUGAAACGUGGAUGCUAGUUUCAUUGUAUAAUGGUAAUGUGCACAUAUGGAACUAUGAAAAUCAACAGCUUGUUAAAUCAUUUGAAGUAUGUGAUGCGCCGGUACGUUGUGCAAAAUUUGUGGCUCGUAAGAAUUGGGUGGUGACUGGCUCGGACGAUAUGAACGUACGAGUGUUCAAUUACAAUACACUCGAACGGGUGCAUCAGUUUGAGGCGCAUUCGGAUUAUUUACGUUCAAUCGCCGUUCAUCCAAAAGAACCGUUCAUUUUGACGUCGUCGGAUGAUAUGCAAAUUAAACUAUGGGAUUGGGAUAACAAAUGGACAAUGAAACAGGCUUUCGAGGGUCAUACGCAUUAUGUGAUGCAGUUAGUGAUAAAUCCGAAAGACAAUAACACGUUUGCAACGGCCUCGCUGGAUCGAACCGUGAAAGUGUGGCAAUUCGGUAGUAGUUCUGCGAAUUUCACACUAGAAGGCCACGAGAAAGGUGUGAAUUGUGUGGAUUAUUAUCAUGGUGGCGAUAAGCCUUAUUUGAUCUCGGGUGCAGAUGAUCGACUUGUGAAAAUUUGGGAUUAUCAAAAUAAGACUUGUGUGGCAACACUCGACGGUCAUGCACAAAACGUUUCGGCGGUUUGUUUCCAUCCCGAAUUACCAGUAAUUAUCACAGGCUCAGAGGAUUCAACGGUCAGAUUAUGGCAUUCAAGCACAUAUAGGCAAGCACUUUUAUUAGCUUUUGCACUGCUUGAAACAACGUUAAAUUACGGUUUGGAACGUGUUUGGUGUAUUCACGCAUUGAAAGGGUCGAAUACGAUCGCUAUUGGUUACGACGAAGGUGCAGUAACAGUGAAGUUGGGUCGUGAGGAGCCUGCGGUUAGCAUGGAUGGAAGUGGGAAAAUACUCUGGGCGAAGCAUUCGGAAAUGCAGCAGGCAAAUUUGAAAACGAUUGAUUCAAGCAUUCUUGAGAAUGCACGAGAUGGUGAACGUCUGUCGCUAUCAGUGAAAGAUAUGGGUUCAUGUGAGAUCUAUCCACAAACGUUGGCACAUAAUUCAAAUGGACGUUUCGUGGUGGCUUGUGGUGAUGGUGAGUAUAUUGUCUAUACGGCAAUGGCGUUGCGUAAUAAGGCAUUCGGCCCUGGUUUGGAAUUUGUUUGGAGUUCAGAUCCUAACGAGUAUGCGGUCCGUGAGUCAGCCACUUCAGUGAAGCUUUACAAAAAUUUCAAGGAAUCGUGCACACUGCGUCCAGAUAUCGCUAUGGAAGGUAUAGAAGGAGGUCCAUUAGUGGCAGCUCGUGGUGCAUCCUCACUGUGUUUCUACGACUGGGAAUCGGGCUCAUUGGUGAGACGUAUUGAGAUUGCUGCAAAACACGUCUAUUGGUCGGAUAAUGGUGAAAUGGUUGCAAUAACGGGCGAGGAUUCGUUUUAUAUUCUGAAAUAUAAUCGCAACGCGGUCGAACAGGCAAAUCGAGAGGACAUAACGGCUGAUGGAAUUGAGGAUGCCUUCGAAGUUUGUGCUGAACAACAAGAGAACGUUAAAACGGCGAUAUGGGUCGGCGAUUGUUUCAUAUUCACGACGAAUUUGAAACGUCUGAAUUAUUAUGUCGGCGGUGAAAUUGUGACAAUCGCUCAUUUGGAUAGACCACUUUAUUUGUUGGGUUAUAUGCCAAAAGAAAGUCGAUUGUAUCUGUGUGACAAAGAUCAUAAUUUCGUGUCGUAUCGUUUACUGUUAUCGGUCCUUGAAUAUCAAACGGCUGUGAUGCGACGAGACUUUGAUACGGCUGAUAAGGUAUUGCCGACAAUACCACGUGAUCAACGCACACGAGUGGCUCAUUUUCUGGAGAAGCAAGGCUUUAAAAAGCAGGCGUUGGCGGUGAGUCAAGAUGCAGAGCAUCGUUUCGAGUUGGCGCUCUCUUUGGGCGAGUUAAAGUUGGCUUAUGAAUUAGCCAUCGUCGCCGAUAGUGAGGAAAAAUGGAGUCAACUAUCUCAAGCGGCCACACUCAAAAGUGAACUCAUGUUAGCCGCACAGUGCCUGGCACGAGCACGUGAUUUUGGUGGCCUUCUACUAUUGGCCACGUCAGCUGGUUCAGCACCGUUGUUGUCGAAAUUGGCAGAUGAUUCGCUGUCGCAAUCAAAGAAUAACGUUGCAUUCCUAUCGUAUUUCUUGUUGGGUGAUGUAAACAAGUGCCUUGACGUGCUCAUCAGCACCCAACGUCUCCCUGAGGCUGCCUUCUUCGCUAGAACUUAUUGUCCUAGUCAGGUGAAUCGUGUGAUUUCUUUGUGGAAAGAAAAGUCGUCGAAUGGUCUUCUCUUAGGACAAAAGAAUGUUGGUGAAAGUUUGGCCGAUCCACAAACGUACGAGAAUCUUUUCCCGGGCUUCGCGGAGUCGUUGAAGGCCGAACAGUUCUUGAAACAGCUCUCACAACUGCCAAUUCCAGCAUCUGCACAAGCACCAACCAAUGCGCAACGCAACAUUUUAGAGGAAAUGGCUGAGGCCGAAAAAUCUGGUCGGAUUUUGAUUUGGUCGAUUCGUUGUGCAUUAAGAUUCGAUGAGAAUGGAAUGGCGUUGUUGAAUGGUGAAGUAAAGGGGCAGAUGACUGCGAAUAAUCAUGUUUAUAAUAUGCAUAAUGGUGAACAUCAACAAGUGUUGCUGCAGCAACAGCGUGAUAGUGACAAUAAUGAUGAGGAAGAUUUUAAUUCGUUGCGGGUCACUUAUGGAACUGUGAGUGAUAAUGCGAUUAGCAGUACGAUAGCGACCGAUACCACCACGUCGCGAUCUAACGAUUCUGCGUACGUUUCGUCGACAACUGAAUCGUCGGGACCAGUCAUUAGACCGCUAAUUCCAGUCUCAGAUGUGUCGUCGACGGGUCGUUCGCUCUCACCACCACCCUCACAGAAUCCGUUGUCAGUGGUCGAUUCGGCCGUUUCGGAUCUGUCGUCACUUCUGACGUCGAACACAUACGAUUCAACGCAUUCAGAUGGAUCCACAUUCACAACCACCGCGUCGACAACGUCUGCAGAUCAUUCAGCGAGCAUCAGACUUCAGCAACAGAGACGUUUGCAGCGUGCUGAUCGUGAUCUGGAUCAGCAUGUUGCGGUUGAAGAUGAUAUGGAUGGUGGUAGUGGUACUGCGAUGAGUCGACCACAGACGGCUGUGACUGCAGCUGCAAGAGGAGUGCAGAGUGGUGAAGAUGAUGGUGAUUUAUUGUUGGAUUUAGGUGGUGCUGAGAAUAACGGUGUUGCUAGUAAGUCAAAAGAAGCUCAACAACACAAGCACGAGCCAUCUGUUCAGCAAAUAAGAAUCGCACACUCACAGCAACAAGCGCUACGAACGACCAUGGAUCCAGACUUACUGGCAGCUAAUCAGCAAGAACGCACUCGACCUGACAUCGUACCAUCAUCUGGAGGACCUGACGUGGUCGGUCGUGCUGAUUCAUCACACCCUCAGGUAGUGCAAGAUGCCGAAAGUGGGAUACAGUGGAGUGAUGAUGAGGGUGAACUGAAUCUUGAUGAUGCGGAUAUAAAUCUAGAGGAUUUGAAAUUGGAGGAUGAAGACUGA